AUGGAGGCGCCGCCCGGAGGCACCGCGGCGCAGGAGGCGGAAGGAGGCGUGUGGUUGAGUGACGAGCCUCUCCUUCUGGCGGAGCUGAAGCCGGGGCGACCCCAGCAGUACGACUGGAAGGCGAGCUGCGAGACGUGGAGUGUUGCAUUUUCUCCAGACGGCACCUGGUUCGCCUGGUCUCAGGGUCACUGUAUCGUCAAGCUGAUCCCCUGGCCCUUGGAGGAAGCUGAGCUAAGCUGCAAAGCCUCUGAACGCAAGAACCGUGGCAUCAAAGCCGACGUGAGAGGCGGAGGGGGCGCGAAGGAGAAGACGCUGGAAUGUGGCCAGAUAGUGUGGGGGCUGGCCUUCAGCUCCUGGCCUCCGUGUGGCGCUAAGGAGGGGGACGGCCUGCCGGCUUCAGGUCGGUCCUGUCUGAUCCUUGCCACAGGACUCAAUGACGGACAGAUUAAAGUCUGGGAGGUGCAAACAGGGCGUUUGCUUUUCAGUCUCUCCGGGCACCUGGAUGUCGUGAGGGACCUGAGCUUCGCUCCCAAUGGAAGCCUGAUUCUAGUCUCUGCAUCCCGGGACAAGACCCUCCGCAUCUGGGACCUGAGCAGAGAUGGUACGAGUAAGCAGGUCCAGGUGCUGUCUGGCCACACGCAGUGGGUGUACUGCUGCUCCAUCUCCCCUGAUUGCAGCAUGCUGUGCUCUGCGGCUGGAGAGAAAUCGGCCUUCCUGUGGAGCAUGCGCUCCUACACCCUCAUCAGGAAGCUGGAAGGGCACCAGAGCAGCGUGGUGUCGUGCGACUUCUCACCAGACUCUGCUCUGCUGGUCACGGCCUCCUACGACACCUGCGUGAUCAUGUGGGACCCCUACACAGGGGAGCAGCUGAGAACGCUUCGCCACGUUCCGCUGCCCCCGGCGUUGGACUAUGGCAGUGACAUCCAUGCCAGCUCCCUGAGGUCCGUGUGCUUCUCUCCGGAAGGCUUGUAUCUUGCGACAGUGGCAGAUGACAGACUCCUGCGGAUCUGGGAUUUGGAACUAAGAACUCCAGUGGCAUUUGCACCUAUGACCAAUGGCCUGUGCUGUGUCUACUUCCCACACGGCGGGUUUAUUGCCACAGGGACGAGAGACGGCCAUGUCCAGUUCUGGAGCGCCCCCAAGGUCCUCUCAUCACUCAAGCACUUGUGCCGUAAAGCUCUCCGCACCUUCCUAACAACGUACCAGGUCCUAGCACUACCCAUUCCCAAGAAAAUGAAAGAGUUCCUCACUUACAGGACCUUUUAA